AUGACAUCACCUAGUAAUUGCAAAUACAAAAACUAUUCUGCAAUUAAUUACCUUGCCUUUAACUAUGCUGGAUUUGCAUGUAUUGCAAUAAUAGUUUUCCUUUCUUCUACUCAACCAUUCUAUAUCAAAGAAAUCAUCGGUAUUGAUCCCACCACCACCACCACCACGACUAACGAAAAGUCACAAGAUGGGAAAAUCGGACAUAUAAUUGGAGGAUUAGGAUUUAUUGAUGAAUUAACUGCCAUGAUAGUGGCGCCAUUAUUAGGAGCAUUGAAUGAUAAUUUGAAUUCAAAGCAAUAUAAUGGAUCGAAAUUAAUUCAAAGUUUUAGUUUUAUUAUUAUUGCCGUGUCAUUAUUUGGAUAUGCCAUGUGGUGUAAAAAUCUUGUUCCCGAUAUGUUUCUAUUUCGAAGUAUAUUUGCCAUUGGGGUCACUGGAUGUAUGAGCAUGGUCACUGUUAUACUUAAUGAAUUAACAAUAUCUGAUUUUGAAUUUCAUAAACUAAUCACUUGUUUACCAUUUUGGAGAUCAAAUAAACAACUCAAUCCUCGAUAUACCCAACUUAAUCAAGACGAUGAACAACAACUUGUUAGUCCAAAUGCUUCAAAGAAGAAUGGAAAAUUUGCUGGCUUAAUGGGUGUUUGUACUGGGUUAGGUGCUAUAUUCUCAGUUUCUGUUUUUGUUACAUUGCCAAUCAAGUUGGGCAUGAAAACCGCUUAUUUGGUAGUAAUGGCGUUUGCAUUAUUCACUUUUGGAAUAUUAUUAUCAUGCUUAUAUAAUGUGAAUGACAACAUAGACAGCACCGAAGAUACCACUGAUGAUGAUGAUGACCACAGCAACAUCUCUACAAAAAAUGAAUCAUAUUUUCAAUUAUUGAUCCAUGGAUAUGAGUUUUCUAAACACAACAAGCAAGCACAAUUAGCAUAUGCUGGAUCAUUUGUUGCUAGAUCAACUACGGUAGCCACUGCUAUGUUUAUUCCAUUGAUGGUUUAUGAAUGGUAUUAUAACAUUGGACAAUGUAAAUCGAAUAACGAAGAAUGGGCUGGUAAAUUGACCUGUCAUGAAGGUUAUGUAUUUGCAGCAAUUUUGUCAGGAGUAGCUCAAACCGUGGCAUUAAUAUCUGCACCUGUAUGGGGGUAUUUGGUCGAUGCCAGAAGAAUUGGGAAAUCAAGCACAUUGGCAUUGGCUGCUAUUUUUGGUAUGAUUGGGAAUUUUGGGUUGAGCUUGAUUCAUUCAUACUCUUCAAAUGCUUAUAAUCCUAAAACUUUCACUUGUUUCGUAAUGAUUAGUAUUAUUGGAUUGUCACAAAUUGGUUUGAUCAUUAGUAGUAUGAGUGUAUUGAGUGGUAUUUCCAAUGCCCAUAGUAUCAUGGGUUCAUUAAGUGGACUUUACAGUUUCUGUGGUGGCAUUGGCAUAAUGAUUAUCAGUUCUUUAGGUGGUUACUUAAGUGAUCAUUGGAUAUUGGGACCGUUCUUUAUAUUAGGAUUGUUCAAUGUUGCCUUGUUGGUGGUAUAUUAUUCUUACUCUCGACAACAGAAAUUGACCAACCUUGAAGUAUAG